AUGUUUUUUGAAGUUCGUCAAGAAUCUCAUAGCACUGAUAAUAUUAGUGGAUCUCGUCAUGAUCCACAUAGUCAUUCAUAUAAACAUCGACAACGAUUUCCUCUUAUUUUCGGGACACAAACUACUACUAAUACUAUUGCUACAUCAACAAUACUUUCGCCACCUCUUCUAUCUUCUCCACCACUUCCACCUACCACAUCAACAACAUCACGUCAAUACGAAUCAACUAAUAGUCAACAACAACAAUCACAGUUACAAUCACCAUUACAGCCUUUUACAACAUCACCAUCACCUCCUCGUUCUCUUUCACGUAAUCAUUGUCAACAAUAUAACAGCAAUUUUAAUCAAACAACCAUUUCACCUAUUGCUACUCCCACAUUAAACCCUACUCCAAUAUCUGCUACAACUACAACCACAGAUAUUAGUAACGAUAGCGAUGUCAGUCAUAUAAAUAAACAAACUUAUGAUGGAAAACGUGCAAUGAGGCUUGAACGUAAUCGCGUUGCGGCAAAAGAAUGCCGUGAAAGAAAAAAGUCUUAUAUACUAAAUUUGGAAAGUAAAGCUACGAGAUUGGAACAAGAAAAUGCUAAUUUACAUAGAAUGGUCCAAGAAAUGAAAAAUAAAUUGGAUUGGGUUGAAAUAAAAACGGCUGAAAAUGUUCAAUUGCAAUUAUUAGUACAAGAUUUAAAAUGUCGUAUUAAUGAAAUGCAAAAAUGUAGCAUUAAUGGUGGUGUUAAUAAUGUAGGUAGCAGUAAUG